AUGGGAAGGCGAAGAUUCCUACGCCUUAAAGGAGUAGGACUGGAGGACAAGGAGUACCAGACAUCUAUAAAUAGAGGGACGGCUGGGCUUCUCAUAAUCUCACAUCUAACAAUUGCUUCGAUCAAUCUUCUCUUGGAUUUCAAGCUCAUGGACUCCUCAGACUGGGCAAAGCUGCCAAAGCACCCAUUGGAUUUAGUUUUAGAGAGAUUAACAUCACCAUUAGAUUAUGUGAGGUUCAGUGCGGUUUGUAUGUCAUGGAAUUCUGUAGCAGAUGAUAAUCUAAGCAAACGCACAGCUCCAAUGCUCUUGUCUUAUACGGGUGAAGAAGAGACAUGGAAUUUAUGCGACGUCGCGGAUGAUAAGGUUCUUGAUUUGCAAUUAGAGUUGCCGAACAAACGAUUUUGUGGUUCUAGAGGAUGGUUAAUAACUAUGGAUGAGAAUUUCAUAGUGACUCUCAUAAAUCCUUUCUCUAGAGUUAAUGGGAGGAGACCGAAAGAAAAUUCUAUUAUCAACCUUCCUGCACUCUUGACUCGUGGGAAAAGGGUUAAGCAAUGUGACUUCAAUGUCUUCAAGGCUACAAUUUCGGCGGAUCCAAUCUCAAAUGCAAAGGAUUGCAUUGUUAUGAUCAUAUACGAGCCAUCAUGUCAACUGGCUUUUAUCAGACUUAAUAAAGACACUACGUGGACUUAUAUUGAUUCACGACGUCGCAUGAUUGAAGAUGUUCUUUAUGUUGGAGAUAAAUUCUAUGCUGUUGAUUAUAAAAGCCAACUCUUUUGUAUUGACAUUACUACUCAAUUUGACGAGGAGGAAGAUGUUAUAUUGGUUGCAGAAGAAGCAUUUGAACAAGAUAAGAGAUAUUUAGUCAAAAAUUAUCUGGUGGAACUAAGUGAGAAUGAACUAUUGAUGGUUAAGAGGUAUAUGUUCUUUGGUCCUGGUCAACAUGAUUUCCGUAUAACAUUGAAUUUCGAACUUUUCAAACUUGAUCACGAUAAUUGUGAGUGGACCAAGAUAAACACUUUAGGUGAUGUUGCUCUCUUCAUAGGGGAUAGCUCUACAAUAUCAGUGUUGGCCUCAAGUUCUCUUGGAUAUCUGCCGAACUGCAUAUACUUCCUACAUGAUUGGGAUCGUCAGAGAAUUGAUUUUGGGAGUCGUGGUCCACGUGAUUUUGGUGUGUAUAACAUUGAAAGCAAAAAAUUUUCACGGGAUGUCACCACACAUGCUGCGGCUCUAAUGAAGAUGAGCAAUCGAACACCUAUUUGGACACAAUGGACUGUGUUGUAG